ACCGCUCCCUGUAAUAAGACGUUCGGUUCGAGCAAGUCUCCAACAGAGCAAGGACACAUAUCAACUUAUCGAGUCAUUAUUCAUCAACCUCUUCUCGCCGAUCUUUGGAGUUUGGACCCAACACAGCACCGCUUCUUUAGAAAUUCAAAUUUUGUGGAAGAAUGGAUGCCAGCAGGGGUCAAACUGGAAUUCAACUCCUGCUAGCUGCAGAACAGGAAGCUCAGCACAUCGUCAAUGCUGCCAGAAAUGCAAAAAUAGCUAGAUUGAAACAAGCCAAGGAAGAGGCUGAAAAGGACAUUGCUGCAUUUCGUGCUCAUAUGGAAGCUGAGUUUCAGAGGAAACUUGCAGAGACUAGUGGGGAUUCUGGUGCUAAUGUGAAGCGGCUUGAGCAAGAAACCGAGGCCAAGAUUCAUCACCUCAAGACAGAGGCAGCAAGAAUAUCCCCUGGUGUCGCAGACAUGCUUCUGAAGCAUGCGACAACAGUGAAGAACUAGGACGACCUUUGCCAGCCAAAGAGGGUAACUGUGUUUAAAUGCUGUCUUUAUGCAUAUAACCUUUUCCGUUUGAAUACUGGCAUUCUGGCUUGGUGAGAUUACAUGUAUUUCAGCUUUCUCUAAUAGUAUUUGUAAUCUGUAUUGUUUGACAUGUUCCUUUAUGAAAUAAAUUAUCCUAGAAACUUGGCCAGUUUGAAGGUAA